CGCAACCAACCCUUUCCUUUCUACAGCUACCUAGACCCCGCGAAGGAAUUACGGCCGGGAAGGCGGCGCCCACCUUAAACCUUGCCCUCCUCUGCGCACGCGCGACAUCCCAUCGCCUACCCUUCCAUAUUACAGUAUUCCUUUAACCCGUUCCAUUCGCGCGCCCCUUCUUCGGUAUUGUGACGCAAAUUAUUCCACCCGUUUUCUAAUUCACGCCCCUCGGGCGGCGCCACCCCCUCUCUCCCACCCCCGCCGGCCCGCUCUCUUGGCCGUUUCCUGCUUGGGGUGCGUAGAGCGUCGAGUGCUUCCGUCCCAGCCCCUCCCCCUCAAUCCCUUUCUUUCUCGCGUGUUAGACGGCGGUGGCACGAGCGCGGCUCCCUUGGCGGAGGAAGGCUCGAAGGGGACUGAGCCGCGGUGGGAGGCCCCGGCGCCGGGCCCGUUUCGGAAGCCGAGGGGGCGGCGGUUGGCAGUUGGACGAGUCGGUUCCGUCGGUGAAUUCGUCAGCUAGCCGCGGCGGCGGCAAGAUGAGCAUCGAGAUCCCGCCGGGCUUGACGGAGCUGCUGCAGGGCUAUACCGUGGAGGUGUUGCGGCACCGGCCGGCGGAUCUCCUGGACUUCGCCGCCGAGUAUUUCGGUCGCCUGAGGGAUGCCCGCGACCAGCAGCUGCGCGAGGGGGCGGCUGCCAGGGGCAAAGGAGUCAACUUCGGUGGGGAGCCUAUGCAGACCGAGUCAAACGGCGAGGAGACGCGGAAGGAAUCGACCGAGGAGGAGUCAGAUUCCGACUACGAGCCUCCUGUUAUUAACAAAUUUAACCGAAGAGUAUCAGUCUGUGCAGAAGCCUUCAACCCAGAUGAAGAGGAUGAAGAUACAGAACCAAGGAUAGUUCAUCCAAAAACAGAUGAGCAGAGAUGCAGAUUGCAGGAAGCCUGUAAAGAUAUUCUCCUCUUCAAAAACCUAGAUCAGGAACAAUUGUCACAAGUUUUAGAUGCCAUGUUUGAAAGGAAAGUGCAACCUCAGGAACACGUAAUUGACCAAGGAGAUGAUGGAGACAAUUUUUAUGUCAUUGAAGAGGGAUUAUAUGAUAUUUUUGUAGCACGAGAAGGACAAAGUCGCUGUGUUGGCCGCUACGAUAAUCAUGGCAGUUUUGGGGAACUCGCCUUGAUGUACAACACUCCUAGAGCUGCCACAAUUGUUGCCACAACAAAAGGAGCCCUUUGGGGACUGGAUCGAGUAACAUUCAGAAGAAUUAUAUUGAAAAAUAAUGCAAGGAAAAGGAAAACGUACGAACUAUUUAUUGAAUCAGUGCCUCUUCUUAAGUCACUGGAGCUAUCAGAGCGAAUGAAAAUUGUUGAUGUAAUAGGAGAAAAGCUGUAUCAAGAUGGAGAACGCAUCAUUGCUCAGGGUGAUAAGGCAGAGAGUUUUUUCAUUGUAGAAUCUGGUGAAGUAAAGAUCAUGAUUAAAAGCAAGACUGUUACAGCAAAAGAUGCAAACCAAGAGGUGGAGAUUGCUCGAUGUCAAAAAGGACAGUAUUUUGGGGAGCUUGCACUUGUUACCAACAAACCCAGAGCAGCCUCUGCCUAUGCUGUUGGGGAAGUCAAAUGUUUAGUUAUGGAUGUGCAAGCAUUUGAACGGUUACUUGGGCCCUGCAUGGACAUUAUGAAGAGGAAUAUAACACAUUAUGAAGAGCAGCUGGUGGCAUUGUUUGGUUCAAGCAUGGACCUGACCAAUCCAGGCAAUUAGGCACAGAGUGCACCAAUGCCUUCUCAGUUCAAGAUGUAGAAAAGUCUCCUAUUAGUAACAGCGCAGCACCACAAAAAUGAAAAAAGGACACUACGGGACAGUGGCUGUUGGUGUCUUCUUGGGCAUUUUUUUAGAAACCUACGCAGGUCUCAGCAUAGCAGGAGGGUUCAGGGCUCACUCCAGGCCUCCGCUUUGCUGCUGAAAUUUUGUUAUUAGACCUAGCUUACUGCUGAGUCUCUUAAUCCUCUUUUCACAUUGCUUGGUUCAGAAUGGCAUGUCUCUCCCAACAAUUCAAGUGCCUGAUACUAAAGAUACGGAGCAAUCUCUUUGUUGUUCUUGUUAAAAAAGGAAGAACAAACUUUGAAAUCAGAGAUUUGGAUAGUCAGUGGCUGUUCCUACCCUUGGAAACAGCCACCUUCUUAACAUUACCUUCUUUUUGACAGUUUUUUUUCCUCACAUGAUCAGAAUCUGAUUUUAAUAAUGAUAUAUUUGGAUUUGAAUGUCAAAAAGGACGAGGAGUUUGCAGAGACAGCACGUUAACCAGUUCUGAGUUUUUCUGUUUUCUUUUCUGGAAAUGGAAGUGUCACAGUUUGAAGCUGAAGGGUUCCAAAGGAACCUGAUUGAUAAAUAAUGAACAGGGAAGUAAAAUGCUGAAUUACGAGCCGUGUCUUAAGCAGAAUUUCAAGGCUCCAGUGAAUUUGAAUCAUAGGCCAUAAGAUCCAGGGGCUGCAACGGUUGCGCAGAAGAUUCGUUGCUGUUUUCUAAAUUGGACUGAUUUGUGGUCUGGUGGGAAACAGCGGAAGCUUACCCAAAUUUCUGCUCAUGGAGAUUCUUGAUACUUCUAGAUUUCACAUGGCGUUGCCAUUAGCAAAAUCUGUUUUAAUGCUUUUUUAAAAAAGAAAAAAGGGUUGGGUUUUUUUUUUUUGUAACUUAAGGAAUAUUUAUGUACUAAUGGGUUCCAUUAUACUGUAAUAUUUUACAAUAUUAUGUAACAUAAUUGGGUAUACACUUUCCAACUACAAUGCCUAUUUGCUAAAUCCUUUUUGAAAAUUAGCGUUUUACUUCAAAAAUGAUUUUUUAAAAGCUACAAUGGAAAAUAAUCUCAUCUCUGGGCAACUAAUCUUGCAUUGGAGGUACUUUUUUGAAUGCAGGUCAAUUUAGCUAAAUUUCUCUAAAAUCUUGAUUGAGUCAGCAAAUAUCUGCCAGUUUAUAUAUAAUUACUGCACAGAAGUGACAUCUUCCUGAAGUUUUAUCCAAGUAUUAACUGUGUAAGAAAUUACCAUAAAAAUUAGUCUAAAUGUAGCGCCAGAAAUUCUUAGGGAAGGAUGUGUUGAUCCUGCAUGAAGUUGCGUUAGGUGCCAAUUCCACACCAGUGUUCAUGGACUUACGUGUAUUUUGGAAAUAAAUUUUCAUGAAUCGUGGAUUUUCAGCUGAUAGAAUAAGUCAAAAUCUAGUCGUUGUGCCAUCAAAGUUUGAAAUAAUUCAACCAUUCUGAAUUCCCAUUGGCAAUGCUGUAAAUCCAGUUCAUAGGUUGCCUAUUAGCCUGGAGCCUGUUACCCUCUUUUUACAGUUUCUAUUCCUGUGUUACUCGUUUAAGACUUAAUGUUUUAUAUGUUGUUGAAUCAGGAAAUAGCACUUGAAAGUAAAAUCUUUUUUUGUCUUUUUAUAAUCAUUGCCACUGGCAAAGGUACUGAAGCCCUGGCCAUCAUAUUUUACAUUUCUGAUCCCCCCCCCCGACCCCCAGUAUCUCAAUUUAAGCUUAGUUUGAAAAUCCCAGGAAAAAAAAUGCUUUAUUUAUCUGAAGAUUUUACACCAAAGAUUUUAAGUGUAUGUUUCUCAAUUUGUGCAAACUAUUUCUUGGCUGUGUAUCUGAUAAAAGGGAUUGGUGAGAAAAGGUAAGUGGUACAGCCUUUGUUGCUUGUAUAAGUAGCAAAUCAUUUUUUAAAUUUUCUCUUAAGGCUUGGCCAAGUUUCAGCUGAACCAAACAAAUGCAUCCUAGAACCACCAUUUUGGCUACGAAGGCUUUCCUCUCCUACAUUCAACCUCUGCAAAGCAUUUUUUGCUCAAAUUGUUUUGUGUCUUUUGCAGUCUAAUGUAUCUUAACAGGUUAUACAGUUGGGGUAUCACUUCCACCUAGUUAAACUUAAGCGACACUUGUUGGGGUUCUGAUAUUUCGAAGAGGAUUCUACAUUGACAAACGAUCCAAUAAAAGUGAACUGAGGAUAUAUUCAAAGCCAUUUGCAAAACAAAGUGAAUAGGAUGAGUUAGUACUAAUUUAUAUAUGUCCUGCCUAAAAAGAAAACCCAAUACUAGUUUGAAAGCAGACAGAUUGAAGGGCUGAUUUGCACAAUCCCAGCCUGGGUUUAUCUUUUCAAUUGGUGCAAAAUCUUUUUAUCUGUGUAUGUUUGUGGCUGACCAACUGGUCAUACGAAUCACUUUAUUAUGAUGAUAGAUUACUGACAUUACUGUGGUGGUUGUUUGAGAAUUCCCUUUAUAGGCCCAGUCAGAGAAGAUACUUCUGUCAUCUGCUGAUUUUAAUACAAGUCCAACUUUUGGUCACAUAGAUUGUCGCACUAAGGAAAUUAUUUUUUAAAAUGAGCCAUUUGGGAUAUGUCAGAGUAGAAAUAAUUUAUAAUGUAUAACUUAAAAUGAUUCGUUGUGCAGCAUUUGGAAUGAAAGCUAGAGCAAUCAUGUAAACAUCUGCUCCUUUCUUUGUGAAUUUCCCCUCACUUUGCAAAUCCAGCGGGAUUUCAGCAAGGUCAGCUAUGAAUAGUCCGUCUCCAUCCUUGAAUCCCUCCGCUAACUUGGCUUCAUUAACUUCUUAUGACGAACAUCAGUUUAAAAUGUUGUGUGAUAUUCUUUCUUAAGGGAAAAAGAAAUCUGCCGUUCAUUCACAUAGGGUUAAUUGGUGAUGUCUAGCUUUAAUAAGAGAACUCAGCAGCAAAGUGGCUAACCAGAGUGGUGUUUUCUGAGACUGUCUUUUUUAACUGGCUUAUCGUUUUUGAGGUUUCUGGGAAGAGCUUAUAGUGUCCUGCUCUUAAGAUACGUCUGUUAAUGUCACAGCACAAAUUUUCACAAUGUAUUAAAAUGAGGAACAUUUCUAAAACAAGUCAGCAAGAAAGUGCAGCUCUGAGUGGGGGGAAACCCGACACCCAUUUUGUCAUCUUUUUUUCUUGAAAUGUCUUUGUAAAAAUUAGUUUGACAAAAAAUACAAGUUUUCUGAUCUUUUCCAGUCCAGUUAUCUUUUGUUGUGAAUACUGUGUUGGUGAGGCAAAUGUGUUCUGCUUGUUCCAAGCACACGUUCCGUUUGAGGAAGCCUCCUCUGUGGGUUCUCCUUGAGCAGGCUAUAGGGCUAUGCUGGACCUUGAUUUUCCAGGAAAAAGAAAACAUAGUCCCUAAUCUGGCAGGAGCAUGACACAUAUUUACUGAGCCUAGAUAAAGCUUAAACCACGUGGAUUGCUGUGGAUGAUUUCCAGCCUGGUCAAAAAGGUGAUUUUAAUUUUGCAUAAAGAUGCUACCUCAAGGCUCUAAGAGCUUUAAAUGUGUCUUGCCUGUGAGAAGGACACACACCGAUUCUGAUAAGCUGUUCUGUUGCAUUUAGUAGGAGGGAUAUUUUCUGUCUUUGGGGGAUUUAUUUUAAGCCACUUUUACAUCUGCAACUUGAUUGUUUCCAAAGUGUGAGCAGUUUUGCAGAGGGAUCAGCACUUGCACUGUAGUGUUGCCCAAAAUGGGAAGAGUAUCUUCCACAUAAGACACUGGUCUCAUUCUGAUCUGAGGUUUGACUUCACUUUCAACUAAUAAAAGCUGACAUGCCAUGUC